AUGGCAAAGCUCUUCAUCGGGGGCCUCGCCUGGCACACAACCGACGAAACUUUGUACGAGGGCUUUCAAAGAUUUGGCAAGGUGGAGGAGGCUGUCGUUGUCAAAGAUCGAGACACGAAUCGAAGUCGAGGAUUUGGUUUUGUGCGCUUUGCGACCAAAGGGGAGGCUGAUGAGGCACUGCAAAGAAUGAACAACACAGAGUUUGACGGUCGCUUGAUUCGAGUAGACCAUGCACAGGAUAAUAGACCAGGCGGCACCGGUCGAGGUGGUGGCUUUGCUGGAAGAGGAGGAUACACAAUGCCAAUGACCGGGGCAGGAAGCUAUCCGCAGCCUGGAGCCCAAGGACGACCUGCGAACACCAUGGGGUUUGGCCGCGGUGGCGGAACCUAUCCUCCUCAAUACGGACCAUACAAUCCGCAGUACCAACAACAGCCAGGAGGCCCCUAUAGUGGCAGCCAACCCCAAGGAGGCAGCGACCCAUAUGGUCCACAGGGACCGUACCGCCAAUAG